UAGACUGGUUUCAAUCCAGACUCCAGUUAUACUAGUAUGUUAGACUUGUUACUCAUUUCUCUAGACCUCAUUUGCUUAAUCUGUGAGGUAAGGAUAUGACCAUAACACCUACUCCAUAAGGUUUCCAUGGACAUAAACCUAUGCAAUGCAUUGUGCUAGGCGAUACACGUGAGCCGUUAGUAUUUUAAUACUGCCUUCAAUCCUUUGUGGAAAUGGAAUAGUAACAGAAAAUGAGUCAACUGUGUAUCAGAUCGAUUAAAGUGAUAUUGUUUGAUAGAAGAUAAUCAGAGACAUAAAUUUUAUUAUACAAGGUAGGUCAAUGAUCUGUCUUCCACAGGUGAACUAGUUUUCUGCAAUAUCUUUCUUAAAUUUGUGACACAAGACCAUUGUGAGUGAAAUGGUGCUGUAGCGCAGUGUGUCAGGUGUUGAUUUCAUGCUGGGGUGGGCCUGUGUUGUCCCAGUUCUGAAUUACAGCAGUGUAUCACAUCUGCUUGCAGCGCUCCCAGUUCAGCUUCCGACUGCGUAAUAGUCAUGGAGCUGGGAUUUACCAAUCUCUUCAAGUUAAUUAGAAAUGGAAAAUCAGCAUAGUCAUAGAGGAAAAAAUAAAUAAGAUGGCGAUGCUCCAAGGAUGUGGGGAUUCUCCCCGAUAGGAGUUGUCAGGUCAACUGCUCCUACUGAUGUCUGAUGCCUGGGGGGAAUGUGGGAGCCGAAGAGGGGUUGUGUCAGGAACUCCCUUCUCUUCUCAUGCUCCCAACUUACCCUCUCUAUGUGAAAUUAUCCAGUUUCUACCUUCAAAUUGAAAAGCUGUCCUUUAUUCUCUCUCUCACCACAGGAGUCCUAAAGACUAUACAUUCCAACUCAGCAACUAUUUCAUAAAGCCUCCUUAGAAAAUGAUGGGGGUGGAAACCCCACUUAAGGAAACUCCCUUUUUUAUAGACAGCAUCCCAGGUGGCACUUUAGGGGUUAAACUUGUGUUACAGAGAACGGGUAUCAAGUGGCUUUCCAGGAUAUAACCCCCAUUUAAAAACUGCCAUCUCUAAAAGGUGAGCCAAAUGCCCAUUAGUUUACCCUGCUUUCUAUGAAACGAACAACUCAGUGUGUUUGAGUUUGCUUCUGUCUCAGUGUCUAUCAUCUAUACAAUGAAUUAUCAGGAUGAAGACUGUCAAUCACGGUUAAUAAAAACCUCAGAACACGACAAAGAUCUCUUUUCCUAUAGAUGUAUUUGAUGAUAGCCCUCACUUUAUUAUGUCACAUAAAUCAAAAAGGAAGCAUUUAUAUCAUUAGGAGGCACCCCUUCUCUCCCUGUGUCCUCGCCCCUCCCCCCGUGCCAGUUCGCAGUCCCUCAAAGAUGCUUUGUGCAAGAAAGUGCAAGUUUCCCGUUCUGGCUUUAUUUUUGUUCCCUUUUGCUCCCCUCCUGGCUCCCCCCAAAACCAGGCUAGCAAAGCAAUGGCCCCGGUUCCCCCCCAACGCCUGACCUGCGUUUACUGGGAGGAGAGCGGGAGAGGGAGCGCGCAUUCCGGAGCAGGCUGCUUUGACUCCGACCACAGGCUGUUUUGUGCAGGCUGUCCCUCUCCUUCAAAACCGUGCAUCCCCUCCCCGAAGCAGCAGGCAGUGUGCCUCCAUUCAGCCACAUUUGGUAUGCAUGAGCACGGCUGCAGAGAGAGGGGAGGUGGCUUUCUUAAGAAGGUUCAGGGGCUCAGGCAAGGCUACUUGACUAGUCUUCCAAGUUCCAGGAAGCCUCUACCCUAAUGGAAUUUGCAGGUGUGGAGAUGACCAUGGGAUGCCAGAGCCGUGGGGGACCGUUUAUUUUCUAGGCAUUGCUCAGGUUUUCAGUUUCUUGUUUUCCUGGUGGAAUUUGGAAGGGGUCAUGAAUCAGGCUGAUGCUCCUCGACCCCUAAACUGGACCAUCCGGAAGCUGUGCCACGCAGCCUUUCUUCCAUCUGUCAGACUUCUGAAGGCUCAGAAAUCCUGGAUAGAAAGAGCAUUUUAUAAAAGAGAAUGUGUCCACAUCAUACCCAGCACCAAAGACCCCCAUAGGUGUUGCUGUGGGCGUCUGAUAGGCCAGCAUGUUGGCCUCACCCCCAGUAUCUCUGUGCUUCAGAACGAGAAAAAUGAAAGUCGCCUCUCCCGAAAUGACAUCCAGUCUGAAAAGUGGUCCAUCAGCAAACACACUCAACUCAGCCCUACCGAUGCUUUUGGGACCAUUGAGUUCCAAGGAGGCGGCCAUUCCAACAAAGCCAUGUAUGUGCGAGUAUCUUUUGAUACAAAACCUGAUCUCCUCUUACACCUGAUGACCAAGGAAUGGCAGUUGGAGCUUCCCAAGCUUCUCAUCUCUGUCCAUGGGGGCCUGCAGAACUUUGAACUCCAGCCAAAACUAAAGCAAGUCUUUGGGAAAGGGCUCAUAAAAGCAGCUAUGACAACUGGAGCGUGGAUAUUCACUGGAGGGGUUAACACAGGUGUUAUUCGUCAUGUUGGAGACGCCUUGAAGGAUCAUGCAUCUAAGUCUCGAGGAAAGAUAUGCACCAUAGGUAUUGCCCCCUGGGGAAUUGUGGAAAACCAGGAGGACCUCAUUGGAAGAGAUGUUGUCCGGCCAUAUCAGACCAUGUCCAAUCCCAUGAGCAAGCUCACUGUUCUCAAUAGCAUGCAUUCCCACUUCAUUCUGGCUGACAACGGGACCACUGGAAAAUAUGGAGCAGAGGUGAAACUUCGGAGACAACUGGAAAAGCAUAUUUCACUCCAGAAGAUAAACACAAGAUGCCUGCCGUUUUUCUCUCUUGACUCCCGCUUGUUUUAUUCAUUUUGGGAUAGUUCCCAAUUAGACUCAGUUGGAAUCGGUCAAGGUGUUCCCGUGGUGGCACUCAUAGUGGAAGGGGGACCCAACGUGAUCUCAAUUGUGUUGGAGUACCUUCGAGACACUCCUCCCGUGCCGGUGGUUGUCUGUGAUGGGAGUGGACGGGCAUCGGAUAUCCUGGCCUUUGGGCAUAAAUACUCAGAAGAAGGCGGACUGAUAAAUGAAUCUUUGAGGGACCAGCUGUUGGUGACUAUACAGAAGACUUUCACAUACACUCGAACCCAAGCUCAGCAUCUGUUCAUCAUCCUUAUGGAGUGCAUGAAGAAGAAGGAAUUGAUUACGGUAUUUCGGAUGGGAUCAGAAGGACACCAGGACAUUGAUUUAGCUAUCCUGACAGCUUUACUCAAAGGAGCCAAUGCCUCGGCCCCAGACCAACUGAGCUUAGCUUUAGCCUGGAACAGAGUUGACAUCGCUCGCAGCCAGAUCUUUAUUUACGGGCAACAGUGGCCGGUGGGAUCUCUGGAGCAAGCCAUGUUGGAUGCCUUAGUUCUGGACAGAGUGGAUUUUGUGAAAUUACUCAUAGAGAAUGGAGUAAGCAUGCACCGUUUUCUCACCAUCUCCAGACUAGAGGAAUUGUACAAUACGAGACAUGGGCCCUCAAAUACAUUGUACCACUUGGUCAGGGAUGUCAAAAAGCGAGAGUAUCCAGGUUUCGGUUGGAUCUAUUUUAAGGGGAAUCUGCCCCCAGACUACAGAAUCAGCCUGAUUGACAUCGGCCUGGUGAUCGAGUACCUGAUGGGCGGGGCUUAUCGCUGCAACUACACGCGCAAGCGCUUCCGGACUCUCUACCACAACCUCUUUGGCCCCAAGAGGCCCAAAGCCUUGAAACUGCUGGGAAUGGAGGAUGAUAUUCCCUUGAGGCGAGGAAGAAAGACAACCAAGAAACGGGAAGAAGAGGUAGACAUUGACUUGGAUGAUCCUGAGAUCAACCACUUCCCCUUCCCUUUCCACGAGCUCAUGGUGUGGGCUGUCCUCAUGAAGCGGCAGAAGAUGGCCCUGUUCUUCUGGCAGCACGGUGAGGAGGCCAUGGCCAAGGCCCUGGUGGCCUGUAAGCUCUGCAAAGCCAUGGCUCAUGAGGCCUCUGAGAACGACAUGGUUGAUGACAUUUCCCAGGAGCUGAAUCACAAUUCCAGAGACUUCGGCCAGCUGGCUGUGGAGCUCUUGGACCAGUCCUACAAGCAGGACGAACAGCUGGCCAUGAAACUGCUGACGUAUGAGCUGAAGAACUGGAGCAACGCCACGUGCCUGCAGCUUGCCGUGGCUGCCAAACACCGCGACUUCAUCGCGCACACGUGCAGCCAGAUGCUGCUCACCGACAUGUGGAUGGGCCGGCUCCGCAUGCGCAAGAACUCAGGCCUCAAGGUAAUUCUGGGAAUUCUACUUCCUCCUUCAAUUCUCAGCUUGGAGUUCAAGAACAAAGACGACAUGCCCUAUAUGUCUCAGGCCCAGGAAAUCCACCUCCAAGAGAAGGAGGCAGAAGAACCAGAGAAGCCCACGAAAGAAAAAGAUGAAGAGGACAUGGAGCUUACAGCAAUGUUGGGACGAAACAACGGGGAGUCCUCCAGGAAGAAGGAUGAAGAGGAAGUUCAGAGCAGGCACCGGUUAAUCCCCCUCGGCAGAAAAAUCUAUGAAUUCUACAAUGCACCCAUCGUGAAGUUCUGGUUCUACACACUGGCGUAUAUCGGAUACCUGAUGCUCUUCAACUAUAUCGUGUUAGUGAAGAUGGAACGCUGGCCGUCCACCCAGGAAUGGAUCGUCAUCUCCUAUAUUUUCACCCUGGGAAUAGAAAAGAUGAGAGAGAUUCUGAUGUCAGAGCCAGGGAAGUUGCUACAGAAGGUGAAGGUGUGGCUGCAGGAGUACUGGAAUGUCACGGACCUCAUUGCCAUCCUUCUGUUCUCUGUUGGAAUGAUCCUUCGUCUCCAAGACCAGCCCUUCAGGAGUGACGGGAGGGUCAUCUACUGCGUGAACAUCAUUUACUGGUACAUCCGUCUCCUAGACAUCUUCGGCGUGAACAAGUAUUUGGGCCCGUAUGUAAUGAUGAUUGGAAAAAUGAUGAUAGACAUGAUGUACUUUGUCAUCAUUAUGCUGGUGGUGCUGAUGAGCUUUGGAGUUGCCAGGCAAGCCAUCCUUUUUCCCAAUGAGGAGCCAUCAUGGAAACUGGCCAAGAACAUCUUCUACAUGCCCUAUUGGAUGAUUUAUGGGGAAGUGUUUGCGGACCAGAUAGACCCUCCCUGUGGACAGAACGAGACCCGAGAGGAUGGUAAAAUAAUCCAGCUGCCUCCCUGCAAGACAGGAGCUUGGAUCGUGCCGGCCAUCAUGGCCUGCUACCUCUUAGUGGCAAACAUCUUGCUGGUCAACCUCCUCAUUGCUGUCUUUAACAACACAUUUUUUGAAGUAAAAUCGAUAUCCAACCAAGUGUGGAAGUUUCAGAGGUAUCAGCUCAUCAUGACUUUCCAUGAAAGACCGGUUCUGCCCCCACCCCUGAUCAUCUUCAGCCACAUGACCAUGAUAUUCCAGCACCUGUGCUGCCGAUGGCGGAAACACGAGAGCGACCCGGAUGAAAGGGACUACGGCCUGAAACUCUUCAUAACCGAUGAUGAGCUCAAGAAAGUACAUGACUUUGAAGAGCAGUGCAUAGAAGAAUACUUCAGAGAAAAGGACGAUCGGUUCAACUCGUCUAAUGAUGAGAGGAUACGGGUGACUUCAGAAAGGGUGGAGAACAUGUCCAUGCGGCUGGAGGAAGUCAACGAGAGAGAGCACUCCAUGAAGGCUUCGCUCCAGACUGUGGACAUCCGGCUGGCACAGCUGGAAGACCUCAUCGGGCGCAUGGCCACGGCCCUGGAGCGCCUGACAGGUCUGGAGAGGGCUGAGUCCAACAAAAUCCGCUCGAGGACCUCCUCAGACUGCACAGACGCAGCCUACAUUGUCCGCCAGAGCAGCUUCAACAGCCAGGAAGGGAACACCUUCAAGCUCCAAGAGAGUAUAGACCCUGCAGGUGAGGAGACCAUGUCCCCAACUUCUCCAACCUUAAUGCCCCGUAUGCGAAGCCAUUCUUUCUAUUCAGUCAAUAUGAAAGACAAAGGUGGUAUAGAAAAGUUGGAAAGUAUUUUUAAAGAAAGGUCCCUGAGCCUACACAGGGCUACUAGUUCCCACUCUGUAGCAAAAGAACCCAAAGCUCCUGCAGCCCCUGCCAACACCUUGGCCAUUGUUCCUGAUUCCAGAAGACCAUCAUCGUGUAUAGACAUCUAUGUCUCUGCUAUGGAUGAGCUCCACUGUGAUAUAGACCCUCUGGACAAUUCCAUGAACAUCCUUGGGCUGGGCGAGCCAAGCUUUUCAACUCCAGUACCUUCCACAGCCCCUUCAAGUAGUGCCUAUGCAACCCUUGCACCCACAGACAAACCUCCAAGCCGGAGCAUUGAUUUCGAGGACAUCACCUCCAUGGACACUAGAUCUUUUUCUUCAGACUAUACCCACCUUCCAGAAUGCCAAAACCCCUGGGACUCAGACCCUCCGAUGUACCACACCAUUGAGCGUUCCAAAAGCAGCCGCUACCUAGCCACCACACCCUUUCUUCUAGAAGAGGCUCCCAUCGUGAAAUCUCAUAGCUUUAUGUUUUCCCCCUCAAGGAGCUAUUAUGCCAACUUUGGGAUGCCUGUGAAAACAGCAGAAUACACAAGUAUUACAGACUGUAUUGACACAAGGUGUGUCAAUGCCCCUCAAGCAAUUGCGGACAGAGCUGCCUUCCCUGGAGGUCUUGGAGACAAAGUGGAGGAUUUAUCUUGCUGCCAUCCCGAGCGAGAAGCAGAACUGAGUCACCCCAGCUCUGACAGUGAGGAGAAUGAGGCCAAAGGCCGCAGAGCCACCAUUGCAAUAUCCUCCCAGGAGGGUGAUAACUCAGACAGAACCCUGUCCAACAACAUCACUGUUCCCAAGAUAGAGCGCGCCAACAGCUACUCGGCAGAGGAGCCAAGCGCGCCAUAUGCACACACCAGGAAGAGCUUCUCCAUCAGUGACAAACUCGACAGGCAGCGGAACACAGCAAGCCUGCGAAAUCCCUUCCAGAGAAGCAAGUCCUCCAAGCCAGAGGGCCGAGGGGACAGCCUGUCCAUGAGGAGACUGUCCAGAACAUCGGCUUUCCAAAGCUUUGAAAGCAAGCACAACUAAACCUUCUUAAUAUCCAUCACAGGAGGCUCAAGAAUCCAGCCCUAACAUUCUCUCCAACUCCAGCUUUUCCCCCUUCCUUGAAUCAUACCUGCUUUAUUCUUAGCUGAGCAAAACAAGCAAUGCUUUGGGAGGUGUUAACUCAAAGGUGACUUCUGGGCCACAGAUCAAGAAAGCAUUUGAUCUGACCCAGUGCCAGACACAGGGGAUUUAAGGCAUGUUCACACUUGCUGGGCAGGGAGGGGGAAGAGAGGGAGAAGGAAGGGUUAGAGAUGAAUGUAUCCACAGUCACGGCAGAAAGCCAUGAGAGCAGGGGAAACAAGGGGAUUCGAGCACGCUCCAUGCCAGGAGGCAUCUGUUCAUUUCUGACCGUUAUCAAGAGUUGUAGGAUGCAGGGCUAAAUUGCGAAAUAAAAUAAAAUAGCCAGCGUACACAAUGAGAUAUUCUAAACUUCCAUUCUGUUUUCUUUUCACAUUGGCUCCAUCACUGGUGACUGAUGAAGAGCAUCCUCUUUAUUCAGUAUAAGCCGGCAGCAAGCAGUUCUACCUAACGUCCCACAUCCUUCUCAUGCCAACACUUCUGUAAUUGAUCAUUAUAAAGAAAAAACAAGGUAACAGUCAUAGUUCACCUGUCUCUUAUCUAUUCACUUCUGGUGCCACAACUGUUUAUCCUUUUUUGAAGAAAAUAAGGGAACAGAAAUGCCUUUUUGUAUUGCAGUCGAAAUGAAAGAAGAGUUGAUGUUUAAAAAAAAACAAAAGUCAAGUGAUUUAUUAUAUACAGUGGGCGUUCAAGUCUAGUCAAGCAAGCUCAGGAUGAAUGUAAUAAAUAAUUUUAUAUUUUUUAAUUUAUUUUGUAUCUCACCUGUCAUCAAUGAAUUCAUUCAAUGAAUAUGUAAUAUUGAACUUAAAAAAAAAAACAGUGGACAGAACUAGCCUGAAAUUGCCAUGUGGGAUGUUCUGUUCUCACCGUUCAUGUCGUGUGUUGUGCUGCUGUGUGACCGUCAUCAUUUGCAUGGCUCCACCACAUCCUCCUGAACACCUCCAAGACGUAACCGCCAAUUUUUCACACCACUCAUCACAUGACCAUUUUGUAUAUGAAUAUAUGGUUAUAUGUGGAUAUUUUCAUACCUAGAGUUUUGCCAUCUAAUCUGAGCUCAGCAUAAAUUUAAUUGGAGUUUUUCAAGGGCUGGUAUCUUUUCUAUGGAAAUGUUCCAAAGUACUUUUUAAGGGAGUUUCAAAACUAUAAAUAACCUUAGAUUUGACUGGGAGUUUGGUAUCAACCCAAAGCCAUCAGUUGCAAGCAUACCAUGAAUAUUUUUCUUAUAGACAGAGCUAUAAAAAAAGAUACAGUAGACCAAAAUAGAAAGCAAAUAAACCAUAUAAAGAGUUCUAUAGUAUAUGCCACUUAUACACAUGUAUAUGCAUUUAUGCAGAGACACAUAUUUAUAUAUGAAAUAAACAGACAUAAAGAGCUUUCUUAAGAGGCUUGGACUUUUCUAUCACCUUGAACUAUAAUCAAAAGAUUUUCUUAAUAUACGAGAAGUCCCAUUGAAAGAGUUCAGUAUACUAUUAGACCAAAUGUUGAGAUUAUGAUUUUUUAAAAAUUCCUAUGACUUUUUCUCAUAUCAAACUAGAGUUGUCAAAAUGACUCACUGCUUUGCCUUCUGCCCUUUUUUGUCUGAAAUCACUCGCUAUCGGGACAUCUUAUUUAUUCUGGAUUUUCCUAAACAAAGUUUUUACACCAAGUACAAUCUGAAUAGACAUGCAACUUUAAACCAGCUAGUGUUACAGACUCUAAAGUAAAGGCAUAAUCUUCUAGAUCAGAAUCUGGAUUGGAAGUGGGAUAAAGAAAUCUUGACCCCAAAUCUUUGGAUUCCUAUUUGGCUCAUUAAUAUUUAAAAAAGAAUAAAGCCUGUAGUCCCAGCUACUUGGGAGGCUGAGGCAGGAGAAUGACGUAAACCUGGGAGGCGGAGCUUGCAGUGAGCUGAGAUCUGGCCACUGAACUCCAGCCUGGGCGACAGAGCGAGACUCCGUCUCAAAAAAUAAAUAAAUAAAUAAAUAAAUAAAUAAAUAAAUAAAGCCUUUAAGAAAAACAACCUAUUGUUCCUGGCCUGAGGUACUACCUGGUUCUUUUGUUUAAUUAUAAUUGAAAACACCAAGUUUGACUUCAUUUUGUGAAAUCAAGUAAAUACAUGGCCUUUAAAUAUAAGAUAAAAAAACAAAAUAAAAACUCUUCUGAAUAAGCAAUUCAGGUAUAAGAUGCGUGAUGAUACCACAUAUGUAAAAAAUUAAUUCCUUUUUCAUUCCUUGGCAUUUAGGUGAAUUGGUAACAAACACCCAGACUCCCUUAUUUACAGCUGUUCUAGAAACACUUAACAUUUUAUUGGGCCCCACACUGGCUAUUUCCCUCUCAGCAAACAUGUACUGGGUCUGAAAAUAAAUCAGUUGUUCUUAAACUUCCUUGAGUCGUGAAUCCCUAUGAGGAUCUGAUAACUCUAGGCCCUCUCUCCAGAGAGAAAAAAAAAAACGUACAUACAUGCAAAGUUGCAAUAUAACUUGAAAGGGUUCAUGAGCCCCUGGUUCCAUAUUGACUGAUAAUGAGGAAAAGGAACCAUGUUUGUUCAUAGUUAAUAUAGUUGUAACAAGCACUUUACAUUUGAGACCAUCUCUCUGUGAUUCUCAGGAAGGCCAAAUCUCAGCACCAGAGUUUGAACCAAGAUUGUUAUUUUUGUUCUUUAAAUUAGAUGUUGCCAAUUUAAUGCACUUACAUCCUAACGUGUUGAUGAUUUUAAGUAUCAAGCACAAUCACAAUGCUGAAGGCUCCCUGAGGGGUCUAUAGAGGAACCCAAGAAGGAGAUGAAAGCAUUAUUCAUUGACAUCAAACAACUCCACGGCCUCAUUCUGGGCCAGAUUGGAAGUAAGGGAAAGAAAUUUUGAGCGCAAGUGUUUCCAUUCAUUGUGGUUUCAGAGAGAAAAAUAUAGGAACUGGGAAACUAAAUACUCAACAGUCCUGAUCUUGCAAUUACCUGAUUCUUUUGUUGUGCAUGAAAAUUAAGUUCUAACAUCUGUGAAACGUGUGAAAUAUAUAAGCCAAACUUAAAUGACUGUAGACACAAACUGUGUAACUUCCAUGAGCCAUUUCCUUCCUGUGCACAUGUAUGUGUAUUAUUUUUCAGUCCAUUUCCUUCCAUUUCCGGGUUCUCUGUGCACCAAUGUGGCAUUGAUUCUGUGGCCUUGUGCAGUCAGCUUAUGCUCAGCCCAUUGAUUCUACCACAUCCCUGAUGGAGGGGACAUUAAUUACCUGUCUUUGUGAAUUAAGCAGUUUAUGAGCGGCAAGUUACUGAGGACCGUAAAUAAAGUCAUAGAGAGCUCAAGGAAGUAAUAGCUUCGGUUUAAUCAUCUGCUUCAAAGGUGCCAAUUUUUAUAUACUACUAUAUGUAAUGAUUUGUUCUAAAUUGCUUGUUCCUUUUGAAAAAAAAUUUAAGGAUGUUUUAUGAAAAUGACCAUGGAGGUCUCCUGCUUAACCAAUAUACUUUAUAGUUAGAGGACCCCUCCUUGAUUGAUUUGAAUGAGGAGCUGGAAAGCUUGAGUACAAUUGUCAUGACUAGUUUGUGUUAUCUCUGCAAGCCAAAAGGUAUAUUAGCAGUCAUAAUACAGCACUUUACAGAACUGGACUUUUUUAAAUGUCUGAGUUUCCAGGUCUAGGAUAUUAUUUAGCACUUUGAAAGUUCCCCUUUUAAAAUAUAUAUAUAAGAAUAAUCAGAUGAGAAAAAUGUACUCAUAAAAACACAAAAUGUGUUUCUUCUGAAUGUUUCAAAUGUAUUCUAAAACAUGGUUUCUAUAGAUAAUAUUAUGGUAGAUAACUGGAUAGUACUUUUCUUUUUUACUUCCUGAGUCUGUACAGUCUAAUCUUCCUGAAUGUUUGGGCUGUUUAAUUUCUUUAAAGAUGAUAAAUAUUAUCCAGUCAUCCAUCAUGCUCUAUCUAUAGGCUAUACCAUUCACAUGUUGGGCAAUGCUGUAUUAUAAAACACAUGUAAACAUGUAUGUAACCCAUGUUUAACCCAGCAUAGUUGUAGCAUGUGGUUGUAUUAAUGAACGUUACAGGACAGCUUUAUAAUCAUUUAUAAAUCUGUAACAUUCAAUAAAGAAGCACAUGUUGCAAUGAUUAAUUAUGUUCCCAAUUCCAUGUUAUUUAGCAUCUUUGUGAACCGGGCAUUUUUGUUCCUGAUCUGCUUGAUGCUUUUCAUGUUCCUGUAGACCACUGUAAAAUAUGUGUGUAAGCUGAUGUAUAUCCUCCAAUGAGUCCUGCGAGCUGUGGUAGGCAAGUUGUGAUUUCAUGAAAGAUGAACUGGCAUGUUAUGCAAAAGACUAUAUGACAAAUGAACUUAAAAUGAUAAUUUAAACUCCAGUUGAAUUAGCUGUUUGUUUACAUCUGCCAACCCCAUGCAGAAGCAGUGUACAGUAUUUUAUAAAUAUGUUCAUUUAGUAACACUAUGUUGUUUCUAGAUAAAGUGAUGCUAGUGUGUAGGUGGUUAUAUAUUUGGCCUAGAUAUUGCAUUAUAACUCACUAUCCUUUAACAAUAACAAUGUGACAAAUGAAGUAAUCUCUCUCCAAACCCGGUCUUAAUUUUGUGUGGACAAAAUGCAUGUACUGCUUUAUGCAUUUCUUUUGACUUUUCUAAGGCACUUAACGUUUUACUAUUGCCUGCUGUGACGCUUAAGUCAGUUAGGAAUUCACUCAAACAGUUGGGCUUCUUACUAUGGGGAUUAUGUUCAGUUUUGAAAAAUUAAAAACAAAAAAAAAAGUAA